CUGGAUAUCUCCAUCUCGGGAUGGCCCAUGAGAAGAUGUUUGCUGGAAUUCCCAUGUCCAAGUGUAUGAGAGACAUGUGUAAAGAGGAGGACUACAUGUUCCUAAAUGGUCAGACAAAGACAGUCAAGACUGCAGGAUACAGUACACUUCAGGACAGUGAGUGGCAGCAACAGCGAGAGAAAAGGCUCCAUCGUAAGCUGGAGAGAGAGCAGCAGGAGCAGGAGAGGCAACAGGAGCUGAAGGAACAGCAGAAGAAGAAGGAGGAAGAGUGGAGGAGUCAUGUGGCGAAACUAGCAUUUGAACGUGAGUCACUCCGUGAGAGAUUACACAGGCUACGUGAAUUUAGGGACUUUCAGAAAAGAGUGUUGGUGCAGGACUUGGGCCUGGAUCCAGAUACGCCCAAUGAGAAGCUCACACAGCUUCUCAUGAGAAUGUAA